AUGGUCAGACGCUUGUUGUUCCACCCUCUCUCCAAGUACCCCGGACCUCCUCUUGCCGCGGUUACCUCAUUAUAUAGAGCAUAUUUUGACAUCGUCAUGGAUGGUGGCUGGGCCGAACACCUGGAAUACCUUCACCAGGUUUACGGUGAUGAUCCCCGCGCAUACAACGAAAUAUACGGGAUGGGAACAAAAUACAUGAAACAACCCGCCUUAUAUUCCUGUUUCGCGACCGAUCGUUCGGUCUUUGCAAUGUUCGACCAUCAUGAAGCCACUCAACGAAGAAAUCUGAUCGGUCCUUUCUUUUCUCGACGUUCAAUUUUAAAUCUGGAGAACGCUGUACAGUCAAAAGUAUCGUUCCGUUCGACUAGUCUCGAAAUUAUUACUUCCUAUUGCUUUGGCCAAUCCUCUAAUGCAUUAGAUUCUUGUGACUUCCAGAACGGCAUCCUCACCGCUAUGGAUCAAACACUACCUAUGAUCUGGGUCUUCAAACAUUUCCCGCUUAUCAAACAUCUGCUCUUAGGAGUUCCCGAAUCAUUCGCAUCUGUCUUGAAGCCUAGUACAACAGGUAUCUUGGAGCAAAGGAGACAGAUGGGUGCCCAGAUCGACGCCAUCCUCAAAGAUCCUUCCUCAUUAAAACAUGCCGAUCACGAAACCAUCUACCAUUACUUCCUAACGCCACAACCUGAAAACCAGCGUCUACCACCAAUUACCCGGGAGUGGCUUCUCGACGAAGGUCUCUACAUGCGCUUUGCUGGAAGUGAUACUGUCGGCAACACCUGCACUGUCGCCACCUAUCAUAUUCUCGCCAACAAGGACGUUCGAGAUCGUCUCGCUCAGGAAGUCAAGGAGGCAUGGCCAGAGAGAGACGCGCCUGCGAGCUAUGAGACACUAGAGAGGUUACCAUACCUGACCGCCGUCAUCAAGGAGUCCUUGCGCAUGGCGAAUGGGAUAGUUACGCCCCUUCCUAGAAUUGUAGGGCCCACAGACGUCGAGAUCGCAGGAGCCGUGAUCCCUGCCGGGACGGUCGUUUCUCAGGGAGCGACAAUCGUGCACCGCAAUCCAGAAAUAUUUCCCGAACCAACCGUCUUCGAUCCGGAGAGAUGGUUACAAGAAGGCUCCCAGGAUCUAGACAAGUAUCUCGUUUCUUUCUCGAAGGGGCCGCGAAGUUGUUUGGGUAUCAACCUCGCCUGGUGCGAGUUGUACCUUAUCAUUGGCACCAUCUUCCGUAAGUUGGACUUGACUCCCGACAAUGCGGCGUGA